CUUCUCUCCUCAGCUUUACCCAGCCUUGGAUCCUCUCUACUGGGCAGCAUGGCUCCAACGCUGCCCCCAUUCCAGAACACUUCCACCACCGCCAGCCCAGCGCCCUCGCUGGCGGCAUCCCUAAACAUCCCGUAUGUGACGGCGGAGCUGUUCAUCGCCGCGCUCUCCACCGCCGGCAACCUGCUGGUCUGCGUCGCCGUGGCGACAGAGCGGCGCCUGCGCACGGUGACCAACUACUUCCUGGUGUCGCUGGCGGUGGCGGACGUGUGCGUGGGCGCGCUGGCCAUCCCCUGCGCCAUCCUGACGGACAUGGGCAUCCCCCGUAACACACACUCACAGACGCAGCAGACCAGAGCCCUCACACACCCGCAGCUCUACCUGUGUCUCUUCAUGCUGUCUGUGCUCAUCAUGCUCACACAGAGCUCCAUCCUUAGCCUGCUGGCGGUGGCAGUGGAGAGGUACGUGGCCAUUUUCCUGCCAUUCCGCCACCAGCGCUACAUGACGGGUCGCUUGGCGGUUCUGGUGAUCGUGUGUGUGUGGGUUCUAGCGUUCCUCAUGGGCCUAGUUCCCCUUAUGGGAUGGUAUCGAGAGGGAGCCGGGGAGUCCGGACGGUGCUCAUUCGUACAGGUAGUGGACAUGCGCUACAUGGUGUUCUUCAACUUCUUCGUCUGCGUGUUGGCGCCCCUAGUGGUGAUGCUGCUCCUCUACGCCCAUAUCUUCUCCCUGGCUCAGCGGCAGGCGCGACGAAUCAACCAGGAGACGCAACUGGGACGACGAAUCAACGUUGAGCGCCAGGUCAACCUAAAGCAGGAAGUGAAGACGGCCACCUCGGUGUUCAUGGUCCUCUUCCUGUUCGCCAUCUGCUGGCUUCCUCUUCACAUCAUCAACUGCUUCCUGUUGCUAAGCCCCGCCUCCCCGGUGCCCCUCCCCCUCCUGCUGACGGCCAUCAUCCUGUCACACGCCAACUCCGCCCUCAACCCCCUGCUCUACGCAUACAAGAUGAGGCCCUUCAGACACGCCUUCAAGAGACUGCUGUGUUGCAAAUAG